UGGGACAGCAUCCUCGUCUUUUAAUGACUAUAAACUGGAGUCUUUGCGACUUUUGUUUGACUCCAAGAUCCUGUUUGAUAUCCAUUUAGCAACACAUCAUUUAUAGCCAGGCGACAUGGAUAAGGACGAAAAGAUUGUCUGCAGCGACAUGCCGGCAGACGUUGAGAUGGGCAGCGGGAACACGGAGGUCAUCCCGUCCAGCGGCCUGAAGCGUGAAUUAGGGUCCCGACACAUCAACAUGAUUGCUGUCGCUGGCAUGAUCGGAACGGGACUGUUCCUCAGCUCCGGGCAAGUCAUCGCGACAGCAGGUCCAGUCGGAGCUCUGCUAGCCUAUACACUCAUGGGUUUCGUCACAGCAGGUGUUGCGUAUACCACUGGAGAAAUCACAGCAUUUAUGCCAUCGACUGGCGGUUUCGUCCGUCAUGCGACCAAGUUUGUUGAACCUGCACUCGGUGCUGCCACUGGCUGGAACUUUUGGUACACCAUGGCAAUCAACAUGCCCGCCGAGAUCAGCGCCGCAGCCAUGCUCGUUCAGUUCUGGAACACAUCAGUCAAUCCAGGCGUCUGGAUCACCAUCUUCCUCGUCUUCAUCAUCGUCGCCAAUCUUUGCGGAGCCAAACUCUACGGAGAGUCCGAAGUCGUCUUUGCAUCCCUCAAAAUCAUGCUUAUUAUCGGUCUGAUCAUUGGUGGGCUUGUCAUUGACCUCGGUGGAGCACCGAAUCACGAACGGCUUGGCUUUCGGUACUGGAUCCAUCCAGGAGCCUUCAACACUUACAUCAAAGAAGGCUCAGCUGGACGGUUUCUCGCGUUCUGGAAAGCAAUGCUCCCUGCUGCUUUCAGCUACGGUAAUAUCCAAGUCGUGGCCAUUUCAGGUUCGGAGACAAAGAAUCCUAGAAAGCUCAUCCCGGCCGCGACAAAGAAGACCUUUUACAGAAUAUUCUUCUUUUACUUCUGCAGUAUUUUCAUCGUUGGUCUUAUUGUACCAUACAAUGACCCAGCUCUCGGCGUCUCUACUGGAACCGCUUCGCAGUCCCCGUUCGUCAUCGCCUUCCAACGAUCAGGCGUGUCAGUCGUCCCCUCGAUCAUCAACGCCGUCGUAUGUACCUCAGCCAUAAGCAGCGGAUCUGCUUGCAUUUUCAUCGCCUCUCGAACGCUCUUCGGUCUCAGCUGCGACGGUCACGCUCCUCAGUUCUUCCAACGUUGCAACCGAUUCGGCACCCCUCACUAUGCAGUUGGUAUGAGCUGCCUAUUGUCUCCUCUCGUGUAUUUGACAGUUGUGAACAACACCUCCGUGGUAUUCUCAUGGUUUGUGAACAUCACGACUGUUGCUGGCCUCAUCGGCUGGGUGGUUAUCCAAGUGACGUAUCUCCGUUUCUUCGCGGGUCUCAAGAAACAAGGUUACAGUAGAGAAGAUCUCCCCUACAAGAGUCCCUUCCAGCCAUACGUGGCUUGGGCGACGUUGCUCGUGGUUUCCUUAGUCAUCCUGUUUUGUGGGUUUGACGUUUUCGUGAAGGGCCACUUCACUGCCCAAGGAUUCAUCACAUGUUACAUCAACAUCGCCAUCUUUGCUAUGCUUUACGCAAUAUUCAAGAUCCGGCUCAGGUCUAAGGUCAUACCGACUUCAGAGAUUGAGCUCAGUGAUGAGUUUCGAUCAAUUCGGGAGGAGAAGCAGCAGGAGGAAGCUGAUCAACAGCACAAAUAAAUCGACAUUCACAUUUUUAAUACAUAGCUACUUCCCAUAAAUACAAUUUGAUAAUACCAAUAUCCAAG